UAUUAUUUCUAAACAAUUUUGAUAUAUACUGUAGUGUUGUGUUGACUGUUGUGUAAGGAAUAAACCAGAAGCUAAUUGCAGUAGUGUUACACUCCCUAUUCUUUGAAGGCUGCUUCCACUCUGAACUUCUUCUUCUUUUGGAGUAGAACAAGAACAUGUUUGGAACAAUUUCUACACCAACGUGGUUUGCCACCUGGAAUUCAAAUCCCAGAAUUAGUUUUCCAAGAAAAUCUCCAAAUCCAGCUGUACCAUUCUACGAAGUCCACUCUUUCUUGCCCUUAUCCUUAUCCUGUCUCCAUAAGGAUCACACCCAUUUCUAUUUGAAAGCUUCUUCUUCAUCUUCCUCAGUUGGAAGUGCAGAGUACACACAGGAACCCGCAACCAAUGUGAAAUUUCAGACAUCUUUAAGUUUGCCGGGUUGCUCGAGUUCAUUAUCACUACUUGGAACUGGAUACAGAGAGAAGGUUUUUGCAAUCAUUGGUGUUAAGGUCUAUGCUGCAGGACUAUAUGUUAAUCAAUCCAUCUUAAACACGUUGAAUGCUUGGAAAGGGCAAUCAGCUGCUGAGAUUCAGGAGAAUCCAGAUUUGUUCAGCUCAAUUUUUCAAGCUACUGCGGAAAAGUCACUACAAAUAAUACUGGUAAGAGAUGUUGACGGUAAAACUUUUUGGGAUGCCCUGAAUGAUGCCAUCUCCCCAAGAAUCAAAGCACCCACUUCAGUUGAUGAAUCUGCUUUGUCCACAUUUCGUGGUAUCUUCCAAGGUCGACCUCUUAAGAAAGGGACAUUCAUAUAUUUGACAUGGUUGGAUCCCUUAAAAAUGCUAAUCUCUGUCUCAUCAGAUGGGAUACCAUCUGGUGUGGAUGCUACAAUUGAGUCGGCAAAUGUCACUUUUGCCCUUUUUGAUGUGUUUUUUGGAGAUGCUCCAGUUUCUCCUUCAUUGAAAGCUUCGGUCGCCAAUGGGCUGGCAACAACUCUGAAGCUCACACUAUGAUUUUGGUUUCUUGAAGUUUGUCGUCUGACUGAUGCAUUUAGUUUAUUCAAGCUGAUGUAUCUUCAACGCUGUAUUUAACUUCUUGAUUACUCUAGUUUUGAUCAAUCUUGUUUAAAGUUUCAGAGCUCCA